UGCCCCCUCAGGAGCCAGUGGUGAAAGCCUCCUUCAUAAAGAUUCAGGAGUCCAGUAUCCUGGACAGCUCUCUUUAGGAAGUGAUAGCAGUAGUCAGAAAAAGAAGAGGGCUGAAAUUUUCCAUAGUACUCGAUGCACCUUAGGGAUAGGACUGGUUAGAAACUUCCACUGGAGACAGGAAGGGGAAAAGAAUUAAAGGAGAUUAUUAAGGUCGGAUAUUGAUCCCCCCCUGAGGUGGAAGGGGAGAAGAGGGACACUUAGAUAAUUGCCUUCAAGGCAAUUACUAGGACCAGCAUCAUCCCGAAACCCUUUGCUAGCAAAGAAAGCAGCCAGGAUAUAAUCUACCAGCAAGAAAUGGCACAGUCAAGGGCACUACCCCUUUAAGAAAAUCUGUUUGCUCAGCAAAUUACACCAAUGGGGAGACCAUGGUAACAAAAGUCUACUGUGCCAGGGGAGUUUAGGAAAUUAUCAUUUGACAGAAAGGCUAGAGAGAGAGAGAGAUUGAGAGAGAGAGAGAAGUAAUAGCAAGCCAGUGAAUUGCAAAGAGAACAUUUCCCCUCCUCUUCCUCCAUCCCCUGUUCUUCUUCCUUCCCCUUCUCCUUGGUACCCCACAUCCAUUGGCAGGGAUGCUCCAUAAGUGAAUUUAGAAAAUGCAAGGAGACUUUUAAGUUACUAAGGAGAAUGAAAUAAAGUGAUUCGGGGGCAAGGGAAUGAGAGUCUAGGGAGAAGAAACCUGGAAACUGCUGGAAGGACCACCCUCAUCAAGGGGAAGGGUGCUCUUGACACCCCAAUGAUCUGGUGGUUUCUUGCUGAAGGGAACCCAAGAACAGGGUCUCAAGAGAGAGAAGGGACCCACCUUCUGCCAGGACACUCCAACUCACCAGCUGGGGAAGGAGAAAGGUGGAAGUGAGGAGCAUCCUCCCAAGGUUGAAGAAAAAGCGGAUGAGAACCUGGAAACUUUUGUUCCCAGGAGACGGAGUAUAUUUCACAUUGAAUGGUCAUCUAUACGGAGGAGGAGUAGUAAAAUAUUUGGAAGACCUGAACACCAAGAGAGACAAAGCAAGGAUCAGUUUCCAUAUCCCUACCGAAAGCCCACUCACGAAUUUCUUGAUCUCAGUAACAGCAUGGAAGACAGUACUGAGAUCAAGGUGGAAACAAGCGUGACCAAAACCUCUCGGAUCCAAAAUUCCUUAGCCACUGGUGGGAAAAGACUCAGCAAAGCCUUCAGCUACAUCACAGGAGAAAUGAAGGAAUGUGGAGAGGGGCUUAAAGACAAGUCUCCAGUAUUCCAGUUCCUGGAUUGGAUCUUAAGGGGCACGUCCCAAGUCAUGUUUGUGAACAAUCCUCUCAGUGGUCUCAUCAUCAUUCUUGGCCUCUUUGUCCAGAACCCCUGGUGGGCCAUCUCAGGCUGUUUGGGAACCAUCAUUUCUACUCUGACAGCCCUUAUCCUGAGUCAGGACAGGUCAUCAAUUGCAGCAGGACUUCAUGGCUACAAUGGGGUACUAGUAGGUUUGCUGAUGGCUGUGUUUUCAGAGAAAGGGGAUUAUUACUGGUGGCUUUUGCUCCCUGUCAUUGUUAUGUCCAUGACCUGCCCGAUUCUUUCCAGUGCCCUGGGCACCAUCUUCAGUAAAUGGGACCUCCCAGUCUUCACACUGCCAUUCAACAUUGCGGUGUCGCUGUACAUGGCAGCCACAGGUCAUUACAACCUCUUCUUCCCCACGAUUCUGGUGCAGCCCACCACCUCAGUGCCCAACAUCACCUGGUCUGAGGUCCAAGUGCCUCUGCUUUUAAGAGCCAUUCCAGUUGGAAUUGGUCAGGUGUAUGGCUGUGAUAACCCCUGGACUGGCGGCAUUUUCCUGAUAGCUCUUUUCAUAUCUUCACCACUUAUUUGUUUGCACGCUGCAAUUGGAUCUACCAUGGGGAUGUUAGCAGCCCUCACUCUGGCAACACCUUUUGAGUCAAUCUACUUUGGCCUGUGGGGAUACAACAGUACAUUGGCCUGCAUAGCAAUAGGAGGAAUGUUCUAUGUCAUCACCUGGCAGACACACCUCCUUGCAAUCACCUGUGCAUUGUUUGCAGCCUACCUGGGAGCUGCCCUCGCCAACAUGUUAUCUGUGUUUGGAUUGACCCCGUGCACCUGGCCCUUCUGUCUCUCAGCACUCACCUUCCUAUUACUGACGACCAACAACUCCGCCAUCUACAAGCUACCACUCAACAAAGUUACUUACCCAGAAGCCAACAGGCUCCACUACUUGUCUCAGGAAAGGAACCGGAGAGCCUCCAUCAUGACCAAAUACCAGGCCUAUGUAGUUUCCUAAUCUGCCACAACACAACCACAACAAAUCUCUUGUUCUCCAGAGCCAGAUCUUUUUCCUAUAGAAAGUCCAUUCCACCAACCCCUCCUGGGCAUUCUAUGUUCCUUUGCAGCAAGCAAUCCAUUAUAAUUAAUUUUAAUCGCUAAUCAUUGUCCAAGAAACAAGUAAUUUUAAACUAUGUGAUAUAUAAUCCUUAUAGUACUAUUAGUUAGACCUUCUGUUUGCCACAAACUAGAUUUUGAAGACUUCAAUUUGGGAGAUUCGAUUAUCACUCUAUCCACCCCCCUGCCCCCAAAAAUUCAGUUUUAAAAUUCAAGGAGGACUCUUCAGUCUAAGGACACCAAGGAGGAAAUAAGCCAGUUUCAAAAAUCUAAAAAUGAAAACCCAUAGUAGUAAUUAGUCAUCAGGAGAUUACCAAGCGCCUACCUGUUCUCUCCAAUUUAGGGAAGCAGUGAGGCACUAGACUGGUAUUCAGGAGAAGCAGGUUCUAGUCCCAGCUUUACUCAACCUUCUUAGGUUUUCCUCAGAUUCUUUAUCUCAUGCAAUUAGAGUUGAGCUCCUUCCCAACUCUAAAAUGUUCUGAUUCUGAGCUUUUUUAUCACCCCAAACCAACAGUCUUGUCCAAAGCAUGAGGGUUUUAAAUCAUGUUGGAGAUAAAGAAGUUCUAUAAUACCUAGGCAAUAAAAAUAACACUUUUCAAAUGGGAGAAGCUCCUUUAAGCCACAGUUAUGCUGGUAACUCAAGGCUGAAACACUGAUUGAAUCCAUUGUGAAAGCAGGUUUGUCUGCACCUCACCUGGGAUCCUGGAACCCAUAUCACAGGAUUGCAUUUUCUCUAAGUUGAACCAUAUUGCAAAUUUCUGAAGGAACUUUGGGAAUAUAGGAAGAUCCUAUAUUCCCAAUUUAUCCUCCAAUUUAUUUGUCCUAUAAACUAAGUCAACAAGAGGAUGGGUUUUCUAAAAGACCAGUCCUUUCUCCUCCUCUCUCACCUUUCCUUCAUCCUCAUUUAAGCAUCAUCUGCUUCAGGUUAUAUCCACAUUUUCGGAGCGAAAUAGAGGUUAGAUUGAGGGCAUGUAACAAUAUCUGUUUGGUUGGCUGAAAAUUUGGAUAUUUCUCUUGGGCACAAAAGAAUAUAUUUAUGGAAAAGGCUGGUUUUCCUUUUCAAUUAGAGUUCUUUAUUAAAGAACUUAUAACCUGCAUGAGGCUGGAAUGAGGAAAACCUGAGUUCAAAAUCCAGCCUCAGACACUUACUAGACAGGACUGAAAAACCACAGUAACUUGGCGUUAGAAGAGCCUCACUUCUCGCAAACCCACAAAUUACAGACUCACUUCCAUGAUUCCCUCUCUCCCCUCUUUCCUUUUCAUUUCACAAGGUGCUGGGCUUGAGGUUUUGCAGGAACAAUCCCAACUCUAGUGCCAACCUUUGACACAUAGCAAACUUCCUGUUAGGCAAAUGGCUCAUAAAUCACCCAAAUCCCUUUUUAAAAAAAUAAUGGCUUCAACUUCCUCCUCACCUCCUCUGCAUAUCACACAACAUACAUGGGUAGGAAUAUAAUCUGCACCUGUGCCAUUUCUCCAAUGUGACCACUCAGCUUGUUCUCCUGUACACCUCCCACUUUGAUCAGUUUAAAGAAUGAAGCAAGAAGCAAAGGAGAGAAAGACCCUCCCACUAGUGGUCAGAAGCUUGGGUGGGGAAGGGGAUGCAUUACAAUAUGCUGAAAGUGUACUUGUUUCUGCUGGAAUCAUCAUUCUAUGUUAUUGCUUUUUUUAAAAAAAAUGUAUUCAAUGAGCACUUAGAAGGCUUUACAGAAUAAAUAAAAUGAA